ACCUCUUCUCUUGGUGGGUGGCUUUUGGACGUGGUGGAUGCCUGGAUGGUGGUGGCCGUUACUGGUCUAAGCCAUAGUUGUACCAAUGGAAGGUGGGAAGCCGCCGGCAAGGAAGGUAAUGGUGGUGGCAGACCCUACCCGGGAGUCCGCCGGUGCGCUCCAAUAUGCACUCUCUCAUGUGGUGGUGGAACAUGAUGAGCUUAUUCUCAUCCAUGUUGAGAACCCAAAUUCAUGGAGGAAUACAUUUUCAACUUUCUUAAGAAGACCAAGCCUCUCUUCCAACUCCGCCGGCAUGUCCUCGGAUGGCGGCGGAGGUGGUGGCUGCGAGGUAGAUUUUCUUGAAGAAAUGAAGAAUAUAUGCCAGAUUGCUCAGCCUAAAAUACGUUUGAGUGUUGAGAGGGUGCUAAUGGAAGGCAAGGACAAACCCAAUCUCAUUCUUGAUAAAAGCAAAUCACUUGGAAUUGAUCUUCUUAUUACGGGGCAGCGACGGAGUUUCUCUUCUGCAAUUUUAGGAAGAAGGUCUAGGGGAUCUCUUAGAGGAACAAAGGCUAUAGACACAGCAGAGUAUCUCAUUGAGAACAGCAAAUGCACUUGUGUUGGAGUGCAGAAGAAGGGCCAAAAUGCAGGUUACAUGACUGAUCUCUUCUUCGUCGAGAAGAUGGAUGCAUCACCAGGUUUAGGGAACUUCUGA